AUGAUAUCAAUGGACCAAUCGGUCGAUUAUAUCCACUCAACUGACGCCCAGUGGGUGCAGAAAGUGUGCGUUCGGGACAGUUAUGGACAGCCGUUAAUCGGAAAGUUGAAAGUGUUUGCCAGUUAUUUCAAGUUUGAUUGGGAACGGCAUCAUAUGCUGCAACACAUGAUGCAGUACUCUCCCUACACUCUCAAUGAAGUACAGCUCAACGGCUGCUACGAUAUGGUGCUAAACGCGUCGACACUUCAGUGGAAUUCCGUUCAGAAUUCUCAACGGAAUCUUCAGCUUAGCCUUCAAUUUGUAGACCAAACUAACGGUGCCGUUGAAGAGAAAUAUACGGAAAUACCGAUCGUGGACAGGGAGCUCAUGAUCAGCUACCCGUCCCUUAGGCUCCAGAAGCAGUACUUCAAGCCGGGAAUGCCUUACUUUGGACACGUGAUGAUCAUGAAACCUGACUAUCAGCCGGCGCUCGACGAACAA